AUGCAUUGCUUUUUUGCUGAGCUGGAGCCGUCUAUUCCCGUCACGGAACAAAACCUGGCAGACCGAGUUCGGUACAUCAUGCGCUCGAAAAUAUUCGAUGAUGCCGAGCUCGAACGACUACGACGUGAGGCCAUUCCCUCAUCGAAUGAAUUGGCUACGGCUGGGGAUGAGGCUCCUCAGGCGACAGACCAGCUGCCACGAGUAGAAGCCGCCAUGGAUCUUCCAGUUGUGGGUGAUUCAGACGAUGAUGAAAUGGUCUCCCACGAACUAGAGCAAAUGAGGAGUAUAUUGGAAGAGGCGAUUUUAGAAACGCGCAGCAUGCCUCUCGAAAAUCGACCGCGACUUCCCCGCAUACCCCUAAGCAAGCGAAAUCGGGCUGUCGUGAGGGCUCUUCACCCAAUGCUGGUAACCUAUUUGGAAGCCAGCCGGGACCUUUGCGAGACGGACUCAGUUCUUUUUGGCGCCGCAGUGGCAGCUUGCCGUAUUAUUGGCGCCAAACUUCCCAUGGCUGGACGUGCUACUAAACAAAGUAGCGCGAUCCCAGCCUGGAGAAAAAGAAUUGAGGACCGUAUCGCAAAGGCAAGGGCCCUUAUCGGCAGACUGAUAAGCUUCAGGUCGGGUAAUAAUAGACCGAGGGUUGUGCGCACCGUUAGAAUGGCGUUUGCUGGGACAAAUAUCAGUUUGUCCCAGCCGGAUAUCACGCAGAAACUAACGGAGCGCAUAGACGACCUGAAGCAAAAGAUUGCCGCUUGGGGGAAGCGGAUUCGCCGAUUUACCGAGAGGUCAAGGCGGUUCAACCAGAAUCGUCUCUUCCAGAGUGAUCAGAAGAGGCUCUACAAAUCAUUGGAGCGACCAGAGGUAUGUGGAGCGGGCCCAGGACCGGAUCAGGCUAACACUGUCGCAUUUUGGCGUGGCCUGUGGUCAGAGCCCGUAAACCACAGCGAGGGCCCUUGGACGGAAGUUGUGGCGAGUCAGUGUGCGAGUAUUACGCCCAUGGACCCCGUCAUCAUAACGCCGGAUGACGUAGCUGAGGCGGUCCGUAGAGCCCCGAACUGGAAAAGUCCGGGACUCGACGGACUGCAUCACUACUGGCUGAAGGGGUUCAUGGUGUGUCACGCUGUGCUCGCCCGUCAGUUUCAAGAGGCUCUCAACCAGAAGUCGCUCCCUAGCCUCUUCACUACUGGGAUCACUCAUUUGGUUCCUAAAGACCAGCCGGAUAUAAUGCAAAAACUGACGGAGCGCAUAGACGACCUGAAGCAAAGAAUCGCUGCUUGGGGAAAGCGGAUUCGGCGAUAUACCGAGAGGUCAACACGGUUCAACCAGAAUCGUCUCUUCCAGAGUGAUCAGAAGAGGCUCUAUAAAUCAUUGGAGCGACCAAUAGUAAGUGGAACGGGCCCAGCACCAAAUCGGGCCGACACGGUCGCAUUCUGGCGCAGCCUGUGGUCAGAGCCCGUAAACCACAACGAGGGCCCUUGGACGGAAGUUGUGGCGAGAUGGACCCCGUCAUCAUAA